AUGGAGAAUGAUGUUACUACGGAUUUUGGGAUUAAUAAGGAUGGGGUAUUGUGUUUUCGCUGUCAGAUUUGUAUACUGAAUGAUGAGGACUUGAGACAAUCGAUUCUAAGGGAAGCGCAUAGUAGCCCUUAUGCUAUACGUCCUGGUGGAAACAAAAUGUAUCAAGAUCUGCGAGAUUUAUACUGGUGGCCAGGGUUGAAUCAUGAGGUUACUAACUUCGUUGCUCGCUGCUUGACUUGUCAGCAGACUGAGGAUAAGGUUCAACUGAUUAGGGAUGGACUAAAAGCGACUUCUGAUAGGAAGAAGUCAUAUACAGAUCUGAAACGAGGAGAGAUUGAGUAUGUUGUAGGAGACUUCAUUUUUCUCAAGGUCUCCCUAAGGAAGAAGUUGGAGCUACCUCCGGAGUUGGAUCAAAUUCAUGACGUGUUCCACAUCUUUAUGUUGAGGCGCAACCGAUCUGAUCCCACGUACAUAGUUCGUGUAGAGGAAAUUGAGGUUAGGCUAGACCUAACAUUUGAGGAGGAGCCGGUUGAAAUUCUAGAUCGUGACAUUAAAGUACUACGAAGGGAAUCUAUUCCCUUAGUGAAGGUGCUGUGGUGA